AUGACGUCGUCGGAGUCCGUGACCUACGGGAAGAUCCACAAAAACGUCGGCUCGCUGACCCUGACGGGGCCGGAAGGCAAACACUGCCUCGACCUGGACCUCAUCAAAGAGUUCAGCAGCCGACUGGAUGACGCCGAAAAGGACAAGAAUAUUAUUAUCGGCCUCAUAACCUCCCACGAGGGCAGCUGGUUCUCGGGCGGGCUUCACUACCCCUCAUCGGAGACUGAGCAGAAAAAGGUGGUUCGGGAGUUCGAGAAGCUGAUUGAGAAGCUCGUAAAGCUGCCGUUCCCGACGGUGGCCCGUGUAAAGGGCUGCGCAUACGGCGCGGGGUUAACGCUGGCGCUCGCGCAUGACUACUUGGUGCUAUCAAAUGACACCCCAGUUAGCCUGCGCCAGGACGAGCUGGCGCAGGACCACGAGCUGCCGCAUUAUGCCGCAGCACUGCUGACGGACAAGUUCCCGCCGUCGGUCGCGUGGGACCUGGCAGCAUUGUCGCCGUAUGUUAAACCCCCACACUACGCCCCCAUGAGCGACUACGUGAAGCGCUACGUAGGGUGGAGCGAAGACCAGGUGGUGGAUGAACUACUAAGGCCGUCUGCUAGCAGAAUCCGCAAGGACAACGGCAACGGCAACAUCAACAGCGGCAACUACAGUAAGUUGCGGGAGAGGCUGCUGGCCCAUGUCUCCGGGGUGCUGAAAUCAAGCGCCACGAGUGAAUCAAGCACUAAACAAAGCAAAACAAGCGAAUCUGACGCUGCUGGAUCAAACACUCCUCCGACCUAG